UCAAGUCUCGAAGUGUGUCACGUAAGGAACGUGCCCUCACUAGCCGGCGGUGGUGGGAAAUUUAGAUCUGUGUGUGAGCUCUGCUGUACUAUAGCAAGUAUUUUAAGUAUUUGUCCGACCAGGGUUUCGCGAUUUAAGAUGGGCAAGAAUAAGUACACAACACGACUGAAAAACUUUGCACGGAGGAACGAUUUGAAGCUGGAAUAUGAGAACGUUUUAGAGAGACCUGGCGAGAAAAGAGUCAUCAUGAGGGCUGUGAUCAAUGGGCAAAGGUUUCCUGAUGGUGAGGGGAAGAACGCUGAAAAAGCAAAGCAGAACGCAGCUCGAAAUGCCCUGGAAAGUUUGAAUGAGAAGGAAAAUCUAAUCGUGGAGGUGUCGCCCUUCGAAGUGUUUCAAGAUGGAGCCUCAGCCACGCUGCCCACGCCACAGACUGAACCGGAUUCCUGUGGCGCUUCAUCAGAACCUGUGGCGCAGACCUGUAAUUCGUCAAAAAACUCCAAGCCUGCCAACAUCCUGUUUGGGCAGGACACAAAAGUGAAAAUCGGAGACUUUGGACUGGUCACUGCUGAGAACGACGACGAUGACAAGUCCCCGAUCAAGAGAACUGAGGAGAAGGGAACACCAUCAUACAUGGCUCCUGAACAGAAGGGCAAGAACUACAGCAGAAAGGUUGACAUAUUUGCUUUGGGGCUGAUCUACUUUGAGCUUCUUUGGAAAAUCUCCAGUUGUUAUGAAAAGUUCAAGACAUGGGAAGACAUCAGGAAACGGAAGCUUCCCAAAGAAUUUGCAUCCACCUUUGACUGGGAGUACAUCACCAUCAGAUCAAUGCUGAGUAUGAAUCCCGAAGACCGACCUGAAGCGUCUAAGGUCAUAACAGACCUGGAAGAGUGCGCUAAACGGAUAAACGCUGAAGAAAUAGCGCGUCGUGGAAGGGCCACUGUCUAAAUAGCGGGAAUACAACAGAAGAAUUUCAUCUGCACAUGGGGGGGGGGAAGAUCCAUUGGUGCUCUUGAAUGACUUUCAGAAUAAUGUCAAAUAUUCACAUGCAACUUAAAAUCAUAAAUGAUCGUUUUUAGAACAUACCACCAAACAUUGAAGCUACAGCAACCUGUAGUUUUCAUUUUAAAAUUUAAAUGACCAGUUCUGCCCAUCCUUCCAGGAAGUGUGCAAACCAUGCCAUUUGACACAUGACUAGAUAUUUUAUUGAUCACAUAUUGAAUUUACAGUUGCAGGAUAAAGAAUAAGCAUAAUAUAAUAUUUUAUAUUACCACCGGUCCAUACUGACUUUUCUUAAAAGUAAUGUAGUAUGUUACUUAAUUACUCGCCAGAGAAAGUAAUUUGCUGCACUGCUAGUUGCAUUACUUUCGCAUUACACCAUAAACACACCAACACAAAUUUGUGCCCUAAUGAGGACACGUGUACAGUCUGAUAGUUUUUAGGUAUGAACAAAAAGCCGACAACACAAAGCAAAAACACUCAAACAUUUCUACUGUAAAAUCAUGAACAGGUAGAAACAAAACGUCACGAUGAUUCGUGGUUUGAUGAGACUAACUGCUCAUCAAUGUCUGUUACCUGUUGAAGUUCAGGCUCUGACCUCUGAGUUGGGGGUCGGUAAACUCCUCCAUUGCAGUCUGAGGUGCACUGGGAUGUGAAGCUUGGAGAAAAAUCCUCAGUUUUUCUGACAAUCCUUUCUUUUUUCUGUCUUUCUUCUGUCUUAAUUUAUGUCAUUUGCAUUUUUAAAAAAAUCUUUUUGUCUUUUGUAUACUUUCUAUAUGCAUUUAUGUCUGUGCGUCACCUGGUGAUUGCACAGUUUCCUCUUUUGAGUAACGUUUUCUAAGUCAAAUAAAAAGAAUUUUUGUUGUUGUUGUUGUCUUUCGUUCUUUGGCCUGUAGGGGGAGCUGUGGCACUGCAUAGGUCGGGCAGUUCAAAUUGCGGCUGCAGGCUCCAGGCCCUGUCUGCCUGUGGGUAAGAGAGGUUUAUUCACAGUGAGGGGGCCAAAGCUGAGGGCGCUGCGUGACAUUUAAUCAUGCCCCUGGCGCAUGCUGGAUGAUUAACAUCUCAGUGGAAAACCGCAGUAACAAGUGCCAAACGCAGGAUCCCACACAAUCACCUGGACCCGGUGCCCACAGUCACAUGGGCCCGCUAAUCAGCACAAAUCAGCUCCUGCAGCUCAGUAUGUUACCUCAACAAUCUCCACAGUGCAAAGAGCCUUAAAAUUUGCUUGCCGCCUGUGGAGAGGCCAUAGGUGAAGGACUGAUUUCUGUCUUAUCAGCUACAGCACUACCUCAUUGUGACAGCAGCAGUAAAAGAGGGGAAAGCUCCUGAAAGAAACCACGCAGAUCCAGAUCCUUAUCCUCUCAGCAGUGAACAUGGGAUAUUUUAAGCCUCCCUCACUGAUCUUCCCCCCUAGACCUUGGGAAGACUCUUGUAGCCUGCAUGAAUGACUUACAGUAACUUGCAGCUGUUGGUGUUUGCUGAGAAGUGUUAGUAAUGCUACUUAAAAGAUUUUUAACCACACAAAACGGACACGAGUAAUAUUACAGUUCCUUUUUUCACGAUGUGAUAACUUCGGAUAUAGAGGCACGUUUGUCUCGGCCCGAUAAAGCCCAAUAUGUUGCAUCUCCUGUGAAAUAUUUGGCUCUUUAUUUAUAGACACAUGUUCACAACUGACCUGACUACAAGGACUAAACGGGUGCUGUGUGGAAGCAAAAAAAGGCCUUAAGUGAACGUGAGAAAAACAUUUUGUUGGAAUCCAUUCAAAUUUAUAAAAGCAUCGCGAUCUGUGAUAUGUAACUCAACCACACUUAGUGAGCAAAUGGAAAAAGAUUUGCACAAAUAGCAGUAUUGCAGGUUCAUUGAUAAAAUCAGUACACGCAAAACGUGUACGUGUGUCCAUCCAAAAGUUAAAAAACAAAAACAUCACUUCACUAUCAGAUCACAGAGCUGAGGUUGGGCCACCUUCACAGUGUGUGGCUGCAAUCAGGCUUCAUCUUUGUAGUGAACAGUGUGAAUUCACAAACCCAAACAACCAUCUUAUGUAGUCUGCAUUUUACAAAUGACUCUUAUCAUCAAUAAAAUCAUUACUUCUUUACUGUGGAUUGUAGCACUUAGACACAAUUAGAAUUUUGUUGCUAUUUUCUAUUCAUUGCCUUUAAAUUCUUAUUUUUUUCAAUUACAAUCCAAAAUUAUUCAAGCCAGUCGACUUUUCUUUUUUUACUCUGCAGAUGUCAUUUAGAUAGCGACUGCAUGAGAAAACUUUGAGCUGUUCUUCCUGUGACAUUUACACCACCAAAACAAUGUACUUUCUCAUUUUAGCAGCAUCUAAGAUAAGAAACCUGGUGUGUCUCCAAUCUUCUGCAGCUGUCGCGCUCCUGCGAGCAGGCUUAUUGGAUGUAUUGAGGUCACUUCCUCUGAGAGCACUGUGGGCAUUGAAGCAGUGCUUCUAGUCAGUGGCUUGAACCAUGUUGCCGGGGGUAAAAUGGACUCACAAGUCAGAGUGUCUCCCCACAGUCCCCGGGGGUCGGGCCAAACGAUUACUCUGUGCGUAGCCUCAUUUCAGAAGCAGCAACCAGAGUUUGCUUUGCUCUGUGCGCUUUAGAAAUCAGCUCUGCUGCAAAGACAACGCUGUUGCCCACCUGCAGACCUCAAAAUGAAACGUGACAGUUCAGAAUACAUGUGACCGGUGAGAUAUGGAUUUGUCAUCUCCCCCUGCCUAUGCAUAUAUUUCAGAAGUUCCUGUUAAAUUAUAGCUCACUUAACCUUUGGUGCACUCAGGUUAACUGGAGCAUGAGCGCAUGCUGUGUCUUGCCCGAGGCUCCACUUGGCUUUUACGCUGUGCUUUCCACCUCUCCAGAACCACAUCCAGCCACCGUCCACUCCACUCAAGGAACGCUGUAGGGUUUAAAGGGCCACACCUGUGAUUUUUCAGCAUGCUGUUAUGUUACAUGCUGGCAAAAGAUUUAAAUGACUAUACAGCUUGCAAGAACUUUGCUGCUCUGAAUUCUGUACUAUGUAUACAUACACGUACAUCCUGGCAACACUUUUCCAGUCUUGUGUUUCCCAGUUUUGGUGAGGCUGUGUGAACUGUAGCCUCUAUUUGUGUUGUGCAUUGACAGAUGCUCUUGUGCCUUCCUAUCAGCUCAAAGCAGUGUGGCCAUUCUCUAACCUCUGGCAUCAACAUCCACAUCCACAGAUUUUCUCUUUUUUGGACCAUUAUCUGUAAACCUCAGAGACGCUUAUGUGGGAAAACCCUUUAUUUUCCAUUCUGAUGCUCUCAUUCGGAUUUUCUGUUGCUGUCUCAAACGUGUCUGCCUUUUUGCAGUCGGCUGAUUUGAUAUUAUCAGUAACAAGCAACUGAGAAAGUCUAUUUAGUGAAGUGGCUGGUGAGCAGGGGGAAAUUAUAAUGCAAUGUAAGAGCAAAUUAUUAGCACUCAGCACUUUUUCUUAACAUGUACAUGAUUUCUGGCUCUUCUGGUUUUAAUGGACCGUUUCAGUUCAUGUUUAUUAGCUCUCCUAGCAGGUCACAACAGGCAGCUGCUUCACACCCUGAAUCCUUAGAUAACCACAUUUAAAGUCCCAGGUAAUAAAUUCACAAGUUGAAGUAAAUGAGUUUAAACAUGGAGUCUCUCUGAGAGUCAUUUUAAGUUACAGUGUAACCCUUUAACUGGGUGUCAAACAGGGACAGGGCUACAGCUGGGAACAUCAGUGUUUUGUCUCCUGCACAUGUUCUAAUUUAACGAUUUCAUCCGGUUACUUUAUAAAAAAUACUACACAUGGUGAGCACCUCCUGUGGUACUUUCCAGGCGCUUUCCAGGCAAAUCUGAAUCCUAGAAAGUGUUCCAUCUUCACCAUAAGUAAAGUCAUAUAUAAAAAUAUGUAGUUGUGUAUCAAGAUGUGUUGUGUUAUUCAGUAUCAUGGUCUCGGUAUGAAAUGUCUUUCCAAACCCCGGCUGUUGUCAGAUUUACCCUAGGUGUCAUCAGCUCAAAGGUCGCCCUAAUUAGAAGUUGUGAAGGGACCUGUUUGCGUCAUCAUUGCACAAAGUCAAGGCUUUUGUUGUUUCCUUGCAAAAGUUGAACUACUAGAUGAAUGAGUACGGUGACCUCGAGAAGUCAAACGGACUGCACCUUAAGAAAACACCAGCAAAUAGAAAAAUACUGUAAAAGGACACAAGACUCAACAGAAGUUGAAAAAAAAAAAACCCCACAAAUAAAUGAGAACAAACUUGAACAAAACACAACAGAAGUGUUUUUGGGGACGCAACAACAGGACAGAGCGGCUGCGGAGGUGACAGAAACCAAAACGUUAAGGAUCGCAUUGAGGUACGCUUAAAAGAAGGGAGGGUCUCAUUGGCGUUGUAAGGGAGGAAAAGAUGGAGGUAAUGCGUGUUUUAAUUACAUGAUUCAUAUCAUACUAUUAGCUUGUAAAUUCCACCGCUGUUCCCUCACGUUGUUGUCGCUUCCGUUUAGUUUCGGGUUGUUUUCUUUCUGUUUCCGUUGUGUUUUGUUUGCUUUUGCAGCGUUUUUUCCAUUUGCUGGUGUUUUCUUAAUUUCCCACCAUAAACGAGUGGUUAUACUGAACACAGGACAAAAGUUCUGCCAUUGCUUUUAUGUUCAAGCCGUUACAUCUGAGCUGCGAUUUGAAAGGAAAACACCUCAUUCACUCAGACCCACCUGAUUCAGCUCUAACUGGCAGGUCCGCGCAUUACAUCCUCUUCCCAACGCCUACAGUGAAUCCUCCCCCGAGUUCUUGUACUCUGGUUACAUAAAACCUAUUCACAGGAGAACUCCCAGACGGCCUGUGGCGGGUCCAUAACUGCGCUGACAAAUCAAAGACAACUGACUUUUCAGAUCUGGCUCCACGUCAGCCAAAUAUUCAGUGGAGAUUUUCCAUCCAUUCUCACUUGUUAUAUUUAUCCCUCCAAAAUACCAGCCCGCUGUCUCCUGAGAGCAGGCCUGUCAGAGGUAAUAAUGCACAUCACAUGAUUUUAGCUGCUGCUAUUUAUCACUGCUACAGAGACUUCUCUUUUACCUCUUGACUUGGUUUGAAAUUUUGAAAAGUCCCUAAACUCUAAGGUAUGUUCACUGUAAAGAGUUGUGAUUUCUUUUUUACAAUGAUUUUCUAAAGAUGGUCCCGUUGUUGCAAAAAAUGAAUACCCUGUUUGCGUAAAUUUGGUGAAAUUGGUCUAACGGUGUGUUUUGUUGCUUUUAUGGGCACGUGGAUACAAGUGAGAUGCAUGUGUGGGCAUGCGUCCUCUUUUCUUGGCAGGUGUGCGUUUGUGCUUCAGCUGAAGGGGCUGUCACACCAACUAGAUUUAGGCUGCCUUGUGUAACUCUGCGUGGGUUUGUAAUUUACUACAAAUGAUAGCGCUUUCUCUCUGUUGACAGCCACCCCACACAGUCCAUCCAACAAAGUCGUUUGGUGGCUUCCUGUCCUCAAAUGCUUGGCAUCUUGGUGCAGUGUCCCCCUUAUCUUGCAGCUUUGAAGGUCAAGAGAAUGAUGCCAAACUCACCUGGUAAAUCUUUAAUAAGUCAAAGAGUCAGCCCCAUCUGGAGUUCAGCAGUUCAUCGUAGAGCAGCAGGAGGGGGGGUAGGCGGCAGCGUGUCUGGAGGAUCCUCUGAAAGCCUGCGCAGCCAGUUAUUCCCCUGUUUCCUUUUUGCAAAAACGACACCUUCUGACAGCCCAGCUGUUGUGCCGAUUUCAUGCCCACAGGAAAGACGUGUGUGAGGUGAUGCAAUCAUGAUGUUAGAGUGGAUUUCUCAUGCAAGCACAAAGAAAGAGAAGGCAAAACCAGAGAACAAGAAGAAAAUGAAGGUUUCUUAAACCACAACCAACGUGCUCUGCGGAGAAAAAGGCUUUAUCAAACAAGGUUCGAGCUGAAGAUUACAACACUGCAUCCACUGCAACCGCCAACGCUAAUGUUGUUUACGGCUAGACGGAUUCUUCCAAAUCGAGGACAGAGACAUCCUCCUCGUUGCUGUCAUAAAUAUAUCACAGCCGUGGCGAAAACCAGACAGCCUGCACUUCUUCAAAGACUGUGAAGUUACAGUUUUAUUUGCCAUUAAAUGAUUCACAGGGAAGUAUCUGCUUCUGCUCCCCGCACCUGCAGACUGAAGCCGUGAGAUAGGAUUCAAGCUUUUCCUCUCCGUGCUAUUAAAGGCUGUGUGGUGAAGUGUUUAUAGUUGACAAAUUAGAAUAUUCAGAGCUGAAAGGAUCAAGCAAGGUGACUUUGUUGCGUAAUUUGAAUGAUAAGUGACAAUAAAUCUGGGUUUUCUCUGUUCUUUUAUCAGGCUUUGCAGGGGAAAUAAGACGGGGAGGUGGGGGGGAGCAGGCAAGCUCAUCAAACCGGCAGAUGAAUCGAAAGAUAGAGUGAAUCGACGGGAAUUAAUUACUUUAGUAAUGUUUGUGGAUUCAUGUUUGCUUCCUUCUCUUUGUGUCAGUAGUAAUUACGCAGGCACCUAUGGGAGAGGCAGGGAAGGGAGAUGAAAGGCGCCGUGAAACCAGGACACGAACAAAGCCAGAAACAGAAAGAGGGGGCCAACGCUUGAACACCAUGCCAUGACAGACAGCCUUUGGGGCUGUUUUAUUCAGCUGCCAGGAGCUUUUUAGGAUUCGUUUUAUCUGCUCUGCCUUCCCACCCACCCACACGCCCACCCCUCUGGAUGGUGCUCCAGAUGAUUUGUGUCCAGUUUGGCUUCACUCGAGCCAACACAGCCUCUAAAAGCAGACACACUCUGCCUCCUUCCCUGCAAUCAGCCCUGCCUGUCUUGCGUUUGAGAGCUGUUAAACCUCUUUUCUGCGUGAGUGGGUUAGCUCGUGUUUAAGUGAAAAGGUCCCCUUAGGUUGUACGUUUUUAAAGAUGAAUUUAAAAUCGACUCCAUUUUUUUCCCUUUCCUUUGAAGGGUGUCUCACACGGAAAAUAUUCAGCAGUGCACAUCACGACUUACUUGCAGAUGCAAUGCAUGUUAUGAUUAAAGGGCUAACCACAAUAGCGGAGGUUUUUGAUGGAGGAGGUAAUACCACCAGCAAUUUUCAUCACACAGUCACGUAUUUACACAGCGUUGCCUGUUUCCUUGUUUUCCCUCCUUUAAAAAGUGAUUUCUCUUAAAUCGGCCCUAACUGGUUGGUGUAAUUUGAUAGUUGAGAUGCUUCAGAAGCCGUGGACCGAAGGACAAAGCCAGACUCAAGAUUUCAAACGCCGCAAGUAAUUCACAGCGAGGGUCGGGGAAUGAGGCUGAUCACAUAUCCAUUCAGAGACAAUGCUGCCCUAGACAUCUGUAUUGAUCUUUAUUGGAAAAGAAGCCUUUUCUGUCUGGUACCUCCAAAAACAACAAAUCAAUUGUUGUGUGAGUGUGUACAUCACUUGAAGGUUGCAUUUGAUUCCAGCGGGGUUAGUUUUAGUUGCUGAUAUUUUUCAGGAUCUUUGUAAAUUUCUUUUUAUUAUUAUUUUAAUUAGUAAAAUAGUUGCCUAUGUGCUGCAUUGGAAAUUUAAAGCAUCAAACUAUUGCUAACCUCUGUUCUUUAUAUUUUUAUUAACAAAAUAAAUAUCUCAAUUCUCAUCAAAGGUCAUAAAAAUGAAAUGAAUUCAAGGGCAGACAGUCGCUCCCGUAUAUAAAAGUCAGCGUAUAACCUGAUAAGAUGCUCUUUAGGGACGAAUGCAGUCGAAUUAAAUUCAUUGCACACCACAUCUGGCCUCUCAAAAAUCCUUUUAGAGAUGGCUGAAAGUCUCCGCUGCUGCCACACGGCUCCUGUGUUCUUCAUCAGACCCAAAUUAGUGGCAUUACACUCAGAGAGCCAUCUCAUAAAUAGAUUUCUUGUUGUGUGUGAAGCCUCAUAGGGGAAUCGGUGCACCAUGUUGCCAUCUGUCUUUGUACUUCCAGCCUCCGGAGCCACUUUCCCAGAAAUCAACACCCUGUGGUCUGAAUCACACUUGGCAUUCUGUCGUCCGCAUUUCUUUUUUGUCCCCCCACCACCUCCCAAAUUGAGGUUUGUAAGCACUAUCAACAGAGAGCAUGCUGUGCUUGGUCAUUACAGGCAUGUCAGUCUUCAGAGAACAUUGGAGAUAAUGUCGUCCCUAAGAGUCUUUUUGUGCCGUAUUAUCACCAGCAAACGACACACAGAGACACGAGCGGUACCUUGUUUCACUGGAAGGGGGCUUGCUGCAGUGCAUGUUGGGCGAUUAGUUAGUGACAUCACAUCCAUGUCUUUGGAACAUUUUUUUGUUUGGAUCCUCUUUAUAAGGGCUCAAUAAAAAUCAGCAGGCUCUCGAGGUGUGGGUGGCAGAUGUGCAUUCAGAGGUUGAAGCUGUGAAAAGCAGAUGCAUCACUUCUUUAGCUACACUGAGGCAUAUUUUAUAUUACCAGUAUAUUGCAUUGUUUAUGUAAAAGACUGAGUCAUUUAAAUGCAAAUCCAAUGCAACAUUUAAAAAUAAGUUUGAACAUCUGUUUACAAAGAAGCAGCACUAGCGAAGAAACUAGGUCUCUCUUCUGAGGAACCAUAUCCCAGUUUGGAUUCGGGAGACAGUCACCAUGUGAGAGUUGAUCGAGUGGUGGAGGCGGAAAUAAACUGUUCAGAAGGCCAGUAUUUUUAUUAUAUCCUUCACAUCUGUGAUCUAAUGUGUCAUAUAUGCAGUGCAGCCAACUAAAGAAGAAAUCAAAGACUUUACAAAGGGAAAAAAGGAAAAAUAACUCAAAGAUAAUCCUAAACUAAGCAGAGACAGCUCUGCACUUGGCUGAACCCCUUUAACGAGGGCUCCUGACAAUAAGCCAUUAUGAUCGAUGAUAGUCCCAUGAUGCGCUGAGUGCUUCUAACCCUUUUUUACUCUAGGUUUAUAAACCACUUUACAUUCAGUCAUUAGUUAUUGGUAACCUCUGCCUAUCUUUCAGUCUGUCCUUUGUCCCGUCUUCCUCUCCUGUGU